ACACACACACGGUCAGAAAGUGAGAAAGAGCGAGAGGGGGUGAGAGAGGAAGGGAGAGAGGUAGCCGGCACCUGCACAUGGAGGAACUUUCUCUCUCUCCUCUUCCCGUUCAGUCCUAAUAGGAUAAUUGAUAGAUAAAUAGUCAAUAACAGAGAAUCAGGGAGGUCGUUCUGCUCUCUGCUGCGGACAGAAAGUUGCAGCAGGAGUCUCUAGCCUACAACCGGAGAUGCUCUGAGAGGGACCCAGAGCUCAAAUACUUUUCUACCGACGUAAAGCUUGCGUAAAAGAUAUGGAUCAGAGGGCAGUGUGUGCCGGAUGCCACCGGCUGAUCUCAGACAGAUUCCUGCUCAGGGUCUCUGACGGACUCUGGCACGAGGAGUGUGUGCGGUGCGCCUCGUGCGGGGACGCGCUCACCAACUCCUGUUUUCUGCGGGACCAUAAACUUUACUGCAAGAGGGAUUACGCUGAUCUGUUUGCCGUGCGCUGUGGGGGCUGUACGGAGGCCAUCUCCCCUGCAGAGUUAGUGUUGCGUGCAGGGGCCGCUGUGUUCCACCUGCGCUGCUUCACCUGCAGCGUUUGUUCCUGCCGCCUGCAGACCGGAGACCGCUGCGUCCUCAGGGAGGGACAGCUACUGUGUGCCAGAGACGACUACCACCAGUGUGUGGCCAGCCCGGCCUCCUCCGACACAGGUAAAAGUGAUGAGGAGGAGGAAGAAGAGGAGGAAGAGGAAUCUGGGAGGACGACGGGCAGACGAGUCCGAUCAGAAGAUUCAGACAGCAAACGUCCCAAAAGGCCGCGCACUAUUCUGACCACGCAACAAAGACGGACUUUUAAAGCCUCUUUUGAGGUCUCAUCCAAACCCUGCCGGAAGGUAAGGGAGACCUUGGCAGCAGAGACUGGUCUGAGCGUCCGGGUGGUUCAGGUCUGGUUCCAGAACCAAAGAGCCAAAAUGAAGAAACUGGCUAGGAGGCAGCAGCAGCAGCAAGAGCAGCAGCAGACUCAGGAGCAGCGGGAACACCCAACGCAUAACACAGCGCCCUCCCGUGGCAGUCUGACCUCUGAGAUAGAGCGCCUGGGGUCCUCUUACACCCAUAUGCAGCAGCAGCAGCAGCAGCAGAUGGGACUCACCACACUGGAGCAGCAGGACUAUGACAUGGACCCCUUCAGACAGGGCCUGACCCCUCCUCAGAUGCCAGGGGAUCACAUGCACCCCUACGGUUUCAAAGGUCUGUUCAGUGACAUGGAUAGAGACCCUCUGUGUCACAUGACCAACAGCGACUGCCUGUCUCUGGGUGACUCCUCUCUGCUCACCCCUAUUGACCGCCUCUACUCCAUGCAGGACUCUUACUUCACUUCCUGAGGGGGGGAGCUCAGACACUCUGGUCUCUUUAUUUAUCUGUCUGUACCGUGCACAAGAACAUUGAAGGAGUGGUUGCAAAAAUCGAUGCCAAGGGGAUGUGGGGACACUGUGAUACCAGGCAAUAUACCAUGUGCACCUCCAUAUAAACACUAAUACACUACUGCCUCUUACGCUUUACAGUCCCAUUGUACACACAGACUGUGUAUGCACGAUACUUUCUGACCUCUCUUACUUUGUUUGAAUGUUGGUUAUAAGAUUAUAUCUGUAUCUACUAAUGUACAUAGCUGUUUGGGUGUGUAUUUGUAUUUAUUCUUACAAGGCGUGUAUGCUGAUCAACUUGAAUGAAUCAAUAAAUAAUGGUUAUGUUA